AAAUUCAAAAUCAAUUUUCAAAUAAUCCUUUUGUUGAUGCUAUGAAGAUAUUUAAGUUGGCUGAUUGGUCAUUAAAUAAUCAAAACAUAGCAGAAUUCGGUAAUGAAGAAUUAGAAUUAUUACUUAAUUUUUAUGGAGAGCCUCAAUAUCCUUUGUUUCCACUAGCAGUAGUUAAUUCUAAUGAUACACGUAUAGAAUGGUUUUAUUUUAAAAAGUUAAUUUAUGAAAAUUAUUCUAAUUUACCAAUAGACAAACUACUUGUUUUAUUAUUUCAACAACAUAUUGACUCAUAUCCGAAUAUUGGUAAAUUAUUAGCAAUAAUAUAUUCUAUUUCUUUCUCUAGUGUAGAGUGUGAACGUGGUUUUUCUAAACAAAAUUUGAUUAAGACUAGGUUGCGCAAUGGUCUAAAUAAUGAUACAUUGCACAUGUUGAUUAUGGUUGGAUUAGAAGAGACUGAU